AUGGUGAGAGAGAUAAUUCGUAAUCGGGGAAGGAAGAGAUCAGGGAAAGUCGGAACGACGAUUAAGUGCCUCACUGAAAUAGCUCAAAACUUGACUCAAGUUAUGACAACUCAGGAAGACCCUGCAAAUCUAGAAAACUGGCUUAGAGAAUUUGACAAACUUUUUGAUGCUAUCAAUUGCCCUGAGCAUCUAAAAAUCAAUAAUGCUGCGUACUAUCUAAGGGAAGAAGCUGACCUAUGGUGGUCACAACGAAAGAAAGCCUUAAUGACCAAACCUGAUUUUGAUUGGGAAACCAUGAAAGAAGCCUUAAGAGCCAAGUUUUACCCUCCCUAUCUAAAGAAGCAGAAAUGCCUAGAGUUUACAAACCUUAGAAUGGGAACCAUGACUGUGAAUGAGUAUAACACCAAGUUUAUAGAGCUAAUGAGGUUUGCACCUGAAAUAGUCCCAACUGAAGCUAUAAAAGCUCAAAGGUUUGAGCAAGGGUUAACUUUGACUUUGCAAGGGAAGCUUGGGGGAGUUAACUUUGAAUCCUUAGAUGAUGUUUAUGGUCGUGCAGCUCACCUAUAUGGGAUUAAAGGAAGAGAGCUUGAUGGAAAUUCUGGUGAAAAGAGGAAGGGAAAUGGAAACUUCCAAGGGAAUGAGAAAAAACCUAAGCUGGAUGGGGAUUUUAACCAUGGAAAGAGGGAAGGGAAUUUUAACCAAAAUAGGGAAGAGAAUCGCAAUAUCACCCAAAAAUGGAAGGGAAAUUAUGAAAAUGGAAGUAACGGGAACGAGGAUAAGCCUAAAAGGAACUACUUUUGUAAAAAGUGUGAGAAUAACCAUCCAGGAAAAGAUUGUGAGGGAAACCUAGUUACUUGUUAUUUCUGUAAGAAGCAAGGGCAUCGUGAGUUUGAAUGCUACAAGAAAGCAUUUGGGGAAUCAACAUAUAACCUAGGCCAGAAUGGGAAAAACUCACACUCAAGUCAACAAGGAUUAAGCCAGCAGGAUGGAAUCAACAUCGUACCUAGAGGUGGGAAUAACGCCACCCAAUUGAAGGGAAAAUUGUUCGUUAUGAAUCAUCGUGAAGCUGAAAACGCGUAUGAAGUAGAAGCUGGUACUUUUUCUAUUUAUGAUCUACUUGCUAGCUAA